AAGAAACUGAAUGGUCAAAACUCCGCAUCAGGCUUCAGCGCAACUUUGACUUAAAAAUUACACAUAAAUGCGUUAUGCAGUUUUAGUGUGCGGGCCUGCCGGCUCGGGCAAGUCCACAUUCUGCUCUUCAAUGCUCACCCACCUGCAGACAAAGCGGAGGACAUGUCACCUGUUCAACCUUGACCCUGCCGCCGAUUCUCAGUCCUUUGAAUACGAGCCUUCGAUUGACAUUCGCGAUUUAAUAAGCUUGGACGAUGUCAUGGGCGAGCUGGGGCUUGGACCUAAUGGAGGAUUGGUAUACUGCUUCGAGUAUCUCCUCAAAAACAUGGACUGGCUUGAUGAAGAAUUAGGGGACUACGAAAAUGAUUAUCUUAUAAUGGACUGUCCAGGGCAGAUAGAACUUUAUACCCAUCAUCCCAUACUACCCAACAUAAUGGCCCACUUCCUGAGGUCGGGUAUGCGGGUGUGUGCUCUAUAUCUUCUUGAAUCACAGUUCAUGGAAGACCGGUAUAAAUACUUCAGUGGAGUCCUGUCUGCCAUGUCUGCCAUGGUUAACAUCGAAGUGCCCUGGAUAAAUUUAAUGACCAAGAUGGAUCUUAUUGCUCCCCCGAAGAAGCACGAGGAUGAUGAUACGGACAACUAUGGACCAAGGACAGCUAUCCGGACCAAACGAGAUAUUUCCAAAUUCCUAGACCCGGAUCCUGAUAUGCUUUUGACUUCAGAAUCGGGGGCAACGAAUCCUAAAUUUCAUCGCCUUAAUCAAGCCAUAGCUCAAUUGAUCGAAGAACACCCACUUGUCACCUUCAUCCCACUGGAUCUCACAUCUACAGCAUCAUUGGAGGCUGCCGUUAGUCACAUUGAUUACGUGUUACAGUAUGGCGAACAUGAAGAGCCGGUCGAGCCGAAGGAUAUGGAUGAGGGGGAUUUCGCGGGUAUGGAAUGAUGGUUGCCUCAGCCUUCUAUAGUCAAUCUGUCACAUACACGCGAGAUUAGAAAGUGCAAAUGAAGUACCUAUAUUGACUUUUGGGUGUGCUACAAUUACACUAUCAAUCGUCAACCUGGUCACACAAAAACAUCGGUAUUCGGAUCACAUCAGCUCUGCCAGUUGAUCACUCUCCUGACCUCGAUGGUUCUCGGCGUCGGCGCUUUGAGCCUGUGACUCCACGCACCCGCCCAUUAUUGCGCACAAUGCUGAAAUGCCGACAUCGAUGUCGAGAGAGGAUUGGGCAAGGUCAAAGAGGAACGAGAGUUUCUAUACUACACGCAUCAGGGUCGGUACAUAGCAUGCUGGUGAAUUGAGA